AUGGUCGGCCUCCCCGCGCGUGGGAAAAGCUACAUCGUCAAGAAACUAGCUCGAUAUCUGAACUGGCUGAGAUACAAAACAAUGAACUUCAAUGUCGGCGAGCGAAGAAGAUUAGUUCGACCAACCGAUAUCGUGGACGGGCCAGUUUCGAACGAGUCUACUUCGUCGCAUUCGUCGUCAGCUGCAUUCUUUGAUCCCGCGAAUCGAUCUAGCGUAGCACUCCGCGAUCAGGUAGCGCUCCAAACCUUGGAUGAACUACUAGAUUGGUUAUUACUUGAAGACGGCACAGUUGGGAUUUUGGACGCGACAAAUAACACACCUGAACGUCGCCGGCUCAUUCGCUCACAUAUUAGAGCAAGGGCUGGCGAUGGCCUCAACAUCAUCUACCUCGAGAGUCGUUGCUUCGACGAAGCCAUCCUAGAGACGAACAUGCGCCUUAAACUCUCAGGGCCUGACUACAAAGACAAAGACCACGAUAAAGCGCUGGCUGAUUUUCGCCAACGUGUCUCAUUGUACGAGAAAUCGUAUGUGCCUCUUGGAGAAGCGGAAGAGGCAGAUAUGGUAUCCUAUAUACAAACCAUUGAUGUCGGGAGGAAGAUCAACACGCAUCUUGCCCAAGGUUUCUUGGCUACUCAAAUGGUGGAGUAUCUGUUGAAUUUCAACCUUUCGGACCGUCAGAUUUGGAUUUCUUGCAACGGCGAAAGCAUCGACGACGGUGAAGGAAAGAUCGGCCGCAAUUCAGAUUUGAGCGAUCAUGGAAAGAUAUAUUCCCAGGUGCUGGCGCGGUUCAUAGAUGCGCAACGAACAAAUCGUAGCGUUCCACCAAAGGCGUCCAAGUCAUCACCGACCGGUGACCAACAGCCUACCACCAAUGGAUCAUCGCAUACAGAUCACCAAGACUUUGGUAUAUGGACUUCGACAAUGCCCCAAGCGAUAGAAACUGCGCUUCCAUUUGACUCCGCCAUAUACCCGAAAAGGCAGAUGAAGAUGCUUGACGAUCUCAAUGCAGGCAUCAUGGCGGGUCUCACGUACAGCCAAAUUCAGACACUCCACCCCGACGAAUACGCCGCCCGUAAAGCGAAUAAACUUCUCUACAGAUGGCCUGGUACAGGAGGCGAGGGGUACAUAGAUGUCAUAAACCGACUGCGAGUGGUCAUUCUGGAGCUGGAGCGAGUGAGAGAUCAUUUGCUGCUGGUGACACAUCGGGCAGUGGUGCGGGUUCUGUUGGCAUACUUUUGGGAUUUGAGGAGGGAUGAGUUGGCAGAUCUUGAGGUGGCCAAGGAUACAGUAUUCUGUUUACAACCGAAGCCGUAUGGUAUCAAAACCACGAUUUACCGAUAUUCACCGGAGACGGAGUGGUUCGAGCAGGUACCUAAUAAUAUACCCAAGGGCGCGUAG